AUGGCUUCUUUCCAGGGCAAAGUGAUUGGCAUCACAGGCGCCGCCUCUGGCAUGGGAUUGGCUACUGCCCAGCUGCUGGCAUCUCGUGGUGCUAUGAUCUCCCUUGCCGACAUCAAUGAGGAUGCUGUCAAAGCGGCCAAAGCUACAUUGGAAGGCAGUGAUCAGCACAUAUAUCAUGUCGUCGAUGUCAGCAAGAGUGCAUCCGUAAACACAUGGAUCGAAAAGGCUGUCGAAAAUUUCGGAAAGCUUGAUGGUGCUGUUAACAUGGCCGGCAUCAUCGCCCACGCAACUCCCGUUGCCGAGCAUAGUGAUGAGGAUUGGGACCGAACCUUUGCGGUUAACACGCGAGGCGCUUUCAACUGCAUCAGAGCUGAGCUCAAGGCCAUGACUGCUGGUGCUAGCAUUGUCACAGCUGCGAGCGUCUUUGGGCAGUUUGGUGCGCCAGGAAACGCUGCUUACUGUGCCAGCAAAGCAGCCGUGAUUGGACUCUCGAGAACGGCAGCCAAAGAGAAUCAGCACAUCAGAGUCAACUGCGUUUCUCCGGGUUCUGUCAACACUCCCAUGUCCAGGGGCGAGAAUCCAGAAGAUGUGAAACGUGGACUUCAAGUCACUGCCCAGAAGAGGAGGGCGGAACCGAUCGAGAUUGCACAUGUCAUCGCCUUCUUGCUCAGUGAUGAGGCAUCUUUCGUCACAGGGGCCGUGUAUAAUGCCGACGGAGGAUGGGUAUGCUAA